AAUAAAUAAAGUAAAAAUAAGGAUUUAGAAAUCUUUUCCCUUUUGAAGAAGGAAGGUGCAUUAAAGAAAAAGGUCACCCUCCCUAUCUUCCAAAUUAAUACUUAUCGGACUAAUUUUGAAGAGGAGUUCCGGACGUUCCUGGUACCAGAGUCUACUUUUUCUAUCGAACUUUGCUAAAUUGUGCCUCUUUUAAUGCUAUGCCUUUAAACAACCCUCGAGGCUUGUAGCCAAAUACCAUGCCUCCAUCUGUUUCCUGACUAUGUCGUUGACCUUCAAGCAGAUUAUUGCUGCCGAACUACAAGAUUCUAGUUUAGCAAAAGAAAAAAAAAAAAACUACAAGAUUCUUAAAUACACAACCCAAAAACACAAAAUUUCAUAUAUUAUAAAAUUGAAUGGCCCCACCGAUCCUCCAUACCAGACUUGGUAGAUUAAAAGUCAUAAUCUCAUCAAAGAAAAUAAAAAGGUAAGGAAGCUCAUUUAAUAAUAGGAAAUGCUACAACAACGUAACUUGGAGUAGAGCCUGGAUAAACAUGAUUUUUUCUGGUCAUUUACUUCUACUUCUUCCCAAUCCAAUUCAGUCUCUAGGUGAUUCUUUCCCAUCUAAACUCAACGCCACUCUUCCCCUAAAUCCUUUUAACCCCCCCUCUAACCUCCUCCCACCUUCAAACACCUCAUAACUUCUCUUCCAUCUCUCCACCUCAAUUCUCGAACAUAAGCUCAAAACAAGCAGGAGAGAGAGAGAGAGUUAUGAAGCCUCACCCGCCAUCUUCUCCUCCCUUCUCUCCUUCUCCACCCGCCCUCCGCCGCCUCUUGCCGAGAGCCGUCUCCUUCGUCCUCCUCUUCUCCCUCGGCUACACCCUCGGCUUCCUCUCCUCCUCCUCCUCCUCUCCCCCCGAGCCCCCCCAAUUCCACGUCCAAACGCAGUUCCAAUCCCAACCCGACAACGAAAUCCCGGUCACCACAUCGCAGCCGCCCUCGGCGGCGCCGCCGCACGACCUGCUCCGCUUCCGCACCAAGUGCGCCGACCCCGUCCCCCAGCCGGACAUCCUCCGCACGGUGCUCGACCGCGUCUACAACGGCAGCUCCCCCUACGCCGGCUUCCCCCCUCCGGCCAUCGCCCCGCUUCUUUACCCGCCAGCCCGCCGCCUCCGCGGCUGGGGCUCCACCACCCCCGUCUUCCGCGAGCUCGUCGAAACCGUCCGCCCCCUCACCAUCAUCGAGCUCGGCACCUUCCUCGGCGCCUCCGCCCUCCACAUGGCCGCCCUCUCCCGCAACCUCUCCCUCUCCUCCCUCAUCCUCUGCCUCGACGACUUCCGCGGCUGGCCGGGCUUCCGCCAACGCUUCCCUCGCGAUGUCCCCCCUCCCCUCCAUGCCGACGCCCUCCUUCUCCCCCAGUUCAUGCAAGCCGUCGCCGCCGCCGGCGAGGCCGACCGCGUCAUCCCCGUCCCCUUCUCCACGAGCUCCGCCCUCACCGCCCUCUGCGACUGGGGCGUCUACGGGGAUCUCAUCGAGGUCGACGCCGGCCACGACUUCCACUCCGCCUGGGCCGACAUCAACAUGGCCUACGCCGUCCUCCGCCCCGGCGGCGUCCUCUUCGGCCACGACUACUACACCUCCGCCGACGACCACGGCGUCCGCCGAGCCGUCACCCUCUUCGCCAAGCUCAACGGCCUCCGCCUCCGUCCCCACGGCCAGCAUUGGGUCCUCUCCCCCAAGCCACUCCACCUUUGAUCCUUCCAGUACUCCAUCCUUAUCUCUCCCUCUUUUUUUUUUUUAAUUAAUUUGCCUUCCUUUCUUUUGCAACAAUCCUCUGCCCACUACUAUUUUCUCACUUUCUUAUGUAAUUAUAAUUUGCCCCAUAUGAUACAAUAAUUAUAUGGCCGGCAAAACAAAUUUAAAACAAUUUUAUAUAGAGAGAGAAGAAGGGAGAAAUAGGGGGUUUAUAGAUGAUUACUUCAAGAGAAAAUAAAGAGCCAUGCAAUGUUGAUAAGGUGGUUGGGUUGCUUCCAUUAACAAGGCUUAUGGGAUCCAAGAAGGAGAAUGGUAUCGACUUUAUUAUUUUAAAAAUUAAACCCGGUUUCUUGUAUUAGUCUGAUCCGAAGGGAUUAGAUUGAUGUAUUGCAUAUAGUAGAUUUGAUUUGCCUUUGUUUUAUUUUUUUUUCCAAUGUAAUAUCUUAAUGAGAAGGGAGAUUGGAUUGCAUAGUUUA